AUGGCGAACUAUCUCGCUUCCAUUUUUGGAACCGAGCAAGACAAGGUCAACUGCUCUUUCUACUACAAAAUCGGCGCAUGCCGUCAUGGCGACCGAUGUUCGCGAAAGCAUGUAAAGCCGUCAUAUUCACAAACGAUCCUUCUGCCAAACCUUUACCAGAACCCUGCGUACGAUACCAAGAACAAGAUGAAUGCGAGCCAGCUGCAGAACCACUUCGAUGCCUUCUACGAGGAUUUCUGGUGUGAAAUGUGCAAGUAUGGCGAGCUUGAGGAGGUAGUGGUAUGCGAUAACAACAAUGACCACUUAAUUGGAAACGUAUACGCGCGCUUCAAAUACGAAGACUCGGCACAGCAAGCCUGCGACGCGCUGAAUUCCCGCUGGUACGCUGCACGGCCGAUAUACUGCGAACUCUCCCCCGUCACCGAUUUCCGAGAAGCCUGUUGUCGACUGAAUAGUGGCGAAGGCUGUGUCAGGGGCGGGUUUUGCAAUUUCAUACAUCGCAAGGAACCGAGUCCGGAGUUGGAGAAGGAGCUUGAGCUCUCGACGAAGAAGUGGCUGAAAAUGAGGGGACGGGAUGAGCGGAGUGUCACUCGCAGUCCUAGCCCGGAGCCGACGAGGAAGAGACAUUGA